GACAGGGAGCUGCUUAAAGGACAACCAUGUCUGGACUACGUGUGUGUGUCUCAGAUUUUGAGGAAGAAGCCAAGAGGGUUCUCCCUAAAGCCGCGUACGACUACUACCGCUCAGGAGCUGAUGGGCAGAGCACGCUGGCUGACAAUGUGGCUGCCUUUAACAGGUGGUGUCUUAUCCCCCGCGUGCUGAGGGAUGUGUCCGUGGUGGAUCUGUCCGUCUCUGUGCUGGGCCAGAAGCUUAGCAUGCCCCUCUGUGUUGGAGCCACAGCCAUGCAGAGAAUGGCUCAUCCUGCAGGAGAGACGGCUACAGCUAGAGCAUGCAAAGCCGUAGGAACGGGUAUGAUGCUGAGUUCCUGGGCCACGUCCAGCAUAGAGGAGGUGAUGUCAGCAAUGACAUCCACACCAGGCAGUGGAGGCGUCCUCUGGAUGCAGCUUUACAUCUACAAGGACCGGGAGCUCACACUGUCAUUGGUGCGCCGGGCAGAGAAGGCUGGAUACAAGGCUCUCUUUGUUACCGUGGAUACGCCUUACCUGGGGAAGAGGUUGGAUGAUGUGCGCAACCGUUUUAAAAUGCCCUCUCAUUUAAGAAUGUCAAACUUCUCCUCAGCCUCGCUGUCCUUCUCAGAGGGUGACUAUGGCAAUGACAGUGGCCUGGCUGUCUAUGUUGCUAAUGCUAUAGAACCGGCCCUCAGCUGGGACGACAUCACCUGGCUGAAGAAGCACACGCGCCUCCCUGUGAUCAUAAAAGGCGUUCUAAAUGGUCAGGAUGCUGUCCAGGCUGUGAACUACGGAGUCAGCGGCAUCCUGGUGUCCAAUCACGGAGCUCGACAACUCGAUGGUGUUCCUGCAACGCUGGAUGUGCUGGAAGAGGUGGUGAAGGCCGUACAGGGUCGCUGCGAUGUCUACAUGGAUGGAGGAGUGAGGCGAGGCACAGACGUCCUCAAGGCUUUAGCUCUGGGAGCGAAGGCAGUCUUCAUCGGUCGCCCAGUGUUGUGGGGGCUUGCCUGUCAGGGAGAAGAAGGGGUCAUUGAGCUACUGGAACUUCUAAAGGAGGAGCUCCGACUGGCUCUGGCUUUGUCAG